UCUUCAGUGGUAGAAAAUUCUUAAGCGGUAACCACUAAAGAUGGACUGUUUUAAUGUGCUGGAAAUGACCUUAGGUGUAAUCUGAGACUAUGUCUUAAAAAUCCCACUAAAGAAAUUUUGUCCAACUGAAAAGGACUACUACGGACAUUUUCCGGACAUUGCCACAAAACGAGUGACAAUCGGAAUGUUUUUUGUUCUGUGUCAUAUGAAUGAAGUAGUCCGAGGAGUGCCGAAAACGUACCGCGGGAGACGCCGCCAUUACAGGCUUGCUGGUGAUCAGUCAGUACCAGCUGGUAUUUACAAUGAUGGCAUCCAGAUCUAGACGUCGGCAACAAACAGCAGAUUUACCAAUACCAUGCCCCGUUGGCCACCCAGUUUGGGUUAAGUUAACAGGGGAUAGAGGUGGGGCAUGGUGGCCAGGAAAACUUUUAAGAAUAGACGAAGUGUACUUUUGGAGUGAUCAAAGCAGGAAAGUUAAGAUGCGCAGAGGACAAAGAGAAUUUUGAAACAGAUCUCAAAAGAGCAUUGGCUCUACAUCAAAAGGGAACUCCAGACACUGUCAGUGAAGGCAGCGAUACUAAGGGAAAUCCAGACACUGUCAGUGAAGGCAACGAUACUAAGGGAAAUCCAGGCACUGUCGGUGAAGGCAACGAUACUAAGGGAAAUCCAGACACUGUCAGUGAAGGCAACGAUACUAAGGGAAAUCCAGACACUGUCAGUGAAGGCAACGAUACUAAGGGAAAUCCAGACACUGUCAGUGAAGGCAACGAUACUAAGGGAAAUCCAGACACUGUCAGUGAAGGCAACGACUCUAAGGGAAAUCCAGACACUGUCAGUGAAGGCAACGAUACUAAGGGAAAUGCAGACACUGUCAGUGAAGGAAAACUGAUGUUGAUCCAAGAUUUCAAUGCAGUCAGCAAAUUCAAAGGCAAAAGUAUUCAAGAGAUCAGUGUAGAUGAAAUCAUACAAGAAGGAGAAGACUUUGUCUCUGGGAAUUCUAGUGACAUUGAGGCGGCAUUGCACCAAAAAAGUCAGGAGAACACAGAAAUGGAAUCGGAGGAAACACCAGAAGCUAUGGAAUUGGAGGAAAUCCCACAAACUUCCAGACCACUGCCACCAAAAGAGAAAAAAGCGACAAAACAGAGAGUUAAAUGGACAUGUGAAGAAAUCGAAGAGGUUGAAAAGCUCUUCCAGGACAACUUAAAAAAUGGGAAAUGUCCUGGUUUCAAGGAAGUCAAGAAAUGCAUUGCUAUAAGCAAAACACAGAAUGGACUUAUCCACAACAGACAGUGGGAGACCAUUAAAAAGAAAGUUUGGAAUCUAAUCCAAAAAAAAAAGUAGCUCUUCAAAUGUGUAUUCACUAUCUCUGAAAAUUGACUGACCAGCCUUAAUGUUUAGCUUUCCUGAUAAUAGGGAGCAAUUGCUAUUCAUUCUGUCGACAUAUGUUAUAGAACUUGGUGACUGUUAAGGCUCUUGGGUCUCUUGUUUUUGUAUAAGUGUUCAGUUUCAACAAGAUGACAAAGCAGUCAUGAAGACAUUGAUCAGCUAGUGUUCUUGUUAACUGCAUUGAAGUAAAUUUCAGUAUAAAAACAAUAUUGUAACAUAUUCUAUUAUUAUAUUGUGAGGGGAACAUUCUGACCUCUAACAGAAAUAUUUCAUAAUGAGCAUUCAAAUUUAACUGACAAGCCAUUUCCUGAAAACGUUUUAAAAUUCAAUGUUUUAGUCGAGACAAUUUUUGUCAUUUAUUUAGUUACUGAUGAGUAACUAUAGUUUUCAGAUAAAAAUGCUUCUUCUUGACAUAAUGUGAAAUAAUUUUAACAUAUUAGUUUUUAAAAAAACAGGUAGUUUACA